AUGGCGGCGGCUAAGGGGAAAAGUGUCGGUGGAACUCAAAGAAUUCUCCAAAAGCUUAACAAAACGAUCGAAGAUGGUGAAUAUUAUGAAGCUCAUCAGCUUAUAAGGACGCUUUAUUUUAGGUUUGUUUACCUUAAUGUUUUUUUCAGUUUACUAGUAGGUGAAAUAAAGUGCAAGUUCAUAGACGGUUUUUCCGGUGCCAACAUGUAAUGUAUACAUGAGUGGGAGGUUAAAUGUUCCAAUACCGAUCCGGUGAUACUAUUUUUGUACCACGUUAGAUAACCGUUUAAAGUAGAUGUUAUUUAUCUCUUAAUUUGAGUCGAUCAGGUUUUUUCUUAUCAUAAAUAGUAUUAAAAAUUCAUGUCAGCUGUUUUUGGACCGCCAUCUGUAGACGAUUACGUUGCAAAUUUUAUUUUCGUAAUAAGUUUCAGAUUGGUAAUAUUGCUGUUUUAUGUUUGCAGUGUUAGGCAUAAAAUAAUCCUCUCAAAAUAGUCUGGGCUCUAAACUGGUUGCUAGUCCUUUUAAUUAUCUAGAUCAAUGGAUUUAAUACUUUUUUAUGUCAACAAAGCCUGGAUUGAAAUGGAUCAGAUCAACUGCUUAAGGUGAAAGGUUAGGGUUAAGGGGUACAGGGGAUUGAUCUGAUUUGUUCUGAUCCAUACCAGGUUUUCUCAGUCAAGAUGCAAGGCAUAAUGCACCUGUCUAGAUACAAUUUAGAUGCUCCACAUGGCCACAUAACUAAAGAAGCUGAAGAAUACGUCAUUUAUCAGCCAGCUUUUUAUUUCAUUUUUUCAUUGUUUCUUUGUAGGUAUAUAUCUCAAAAAAGCUAUGAAGAUGCCAUAGAGAUUGUACAUAAUGGAGCAUGCUUAUUCCUUAAACACAAACAGGUAAUACCAGUAAUAACAAUAACAGAGUUUCAGGCUUCACUCAAUCAACAAUUCCACUGGGGAAGUGUUUGGAAGGACACAUGUCUGUCCUUUUUUUAAAAGCUUUAUUAAGUUCAUUAAUAAUAUAUUAGCAUAGGAAAGUAACCCAAAGUACAAGGCAGACUGGCUGUCGAAACUGCCUGAUAGGAUGAUAGGCAAAGCCUGUUAUGAUGCUAACAACUUCAAGCAAUCAGGGUAAGAUAGUCUGACCACAGCGUAAGAGCUAUGAACAAAACCAACUGAUCCACCCAUGUUGCUUACAGGUAAUUGCAGACUGUUGUCUUGAGUUUAAUCCUAACACCCUUAAAUAUGAUUGUUUCCAUGGACUCAUGGCUUCUUCUCUUGUUUAUCUCUAUUGAUAAUACAGAUACAGUGUAUAGAUGUUACAAGUCAAAAUUAAAAAAUUCAGGAAAAAUUUUUUCACCUAAUUAUUCAUGAAUUAGGGCUAGGAGACAAAGGAAAUUGAAAACCAAACUAGGUUAGCCUGAAUAUAAUUUUGACCUGUAACAUGGAUCUAGAUGGUGUACUUGUAGUGUCUGCAUGGAUUUGUACCUUUCCUCAACUCUAACAAUAAGACUAACAUUUGUGGCGGGGGGGGGGGGGAUUUGGCCCGUCUUAAAAAAAAAAAAUAGACCUUAUAAUUAAAACAACCCUUUUUUUAAAUAGUAAAAAGGGGUUUUCUUCUUUUAACUUUUUUUUUUUCCUUUUUUGAUGACUUUCUUGUGUAUAAAAUUUUUUAUUUGUGGGGGGGGGGGGGGGAAUUCGCCAGUCGUAAAAAAUAAGACAUGCACUUAUCAGUAUAAGCAACCUUUUGUUAAUAUGUAAAAAUGGGAUCUGUCAUCUUAACUGUUGUUUCUUCCCUUUUGAAUGCACUUCAGUCUGUAAGAUAUUUUAUUUUUUUAAUGAAAUAAAAUCUGUUUUUUGCUGUCUUUCAGGAAGGAAGUGGUAAUGAUCUAGCUUUGUUAAUGAUUGAGUGCUUUAGAACAGCACAUAUUCCUGUUGGAGACAGUGCGCUUGAGAAGAUUAGGAGUAUAUUUGAGCUUUAUGAAUCAGGAUCUCUAAACAGAUAUGAAUUUAUUAGAGAAGCUAUAAAGUAAGUCAAAAGUAUUACUGUAUUAUGUUCAUUAAUUUUAGAUUGUACCUUCUUCCAUUUAUGGAAUAAGUAAUGUCAGAGAAACUCCUGAGUCUAUCAUUAGUCAAAGAUUCCAUGUGAUAUGAUGAAGAGCAUCAUAAACUGUAAUUUUCCAUAAUAUAAAUGGAAAAUCAAACACAAACCAAAUGUACCAACUACAAAUUGUGGUCAUAAAAUCUCUGCUCAAACUCCAAAGGUAGAGUAAAAUGUUAGCCUAAAUUUCAGCUAUCUCCUCAAGUAUAUCACUCCUACUCUCUCUUAGGAGGAAGCAAAUCAAGGGGACCUCUGAAAUCCCAAGGGGCACUCUCAGUAAUUUUCAGGCAAGCUACCUGAAUGUUGUGGCUCAAAUUUUUGAUGUGGCUAAACGAAUUUUGAAGAACUUACUGGGUUUUCCUGUCGCUGAACAUGUUAUCAUGCUCUAGUUCAUGGAAUUAAGUACUCGGGGAAAAUGGGCAAUGGGAGUUCCUGAAGAUGAGCCUGAUUUUAUGGCUUGGCACCAGUCAUCCGCAUGGCUUAAACUUCGACUUUCAUUUGCUUUAAACUGUGUGCAGAGUCGCGCGUGCACUGCAAAGUUAUUUUUCUAUUUUUUUAUUUGUUGGUUUUUGUAAACCUUGCAACAAUCUAAUGUACUUGUGACUCCACUGAUGAAGGGCCAGGCCCGAAACAUCUGGAAAGAAACUCAAACUACAACACGGCACUUUGUUCAUCAGUACUUUGUUCUGAACAUUACUCACUUUCUAAAGUGCUGCGCAGCUUAUCAUAACUUUUUUUCCCAUUGUUUGUUUGAUAUACUGUUAUAUUGCUACUUUGUUUAACAAUCUGUUUAGGUACUUCACACAAUGUAAUUCUGAACAGGAAUGAAAACUCUUCUUUUAUGCAUUUCUUAAAAUUAUUAAUUUUGAUUUUAAUUUUCAGAUGGACAUCAGAUACAGACCCAUCCCUUAAAUAUGGCCAUCCUGAGUUACAUCUCCUUUGUGCACAUAGAUUUUGGAAGGGUUAGAUUUUUUUUUACUUUUUUGACAGUAAUAAAUGAUCAAAUUAUUAAUAAUCAUUGCAAUAGAAAAACAACAUACAUUUAGCCUGCUAUUUUUGGAUGACUUCAUGCAUUUCAUUUCUUUUGAAAAUAAAAGUUAUUUCAUUUGCCCUUUGUUUUUUGUUUAGUGGUUUCAUUUUAACUUGUUCCUGGUUUUCAUUGUUUCACAGAAAAGAACUUCAGUGAUUCACAGUAUCAUUUCCUGUUUACUUCUGAUGGACAGCAGUGUGCAGCCAUGCUGGUGGAAAAUGCUACAUCACGGGGAUUUCCAGGAGAAGCUGACUUAUUUGUCACUCAAGCAGUUUUACAGUACGUAAUAUUUAUAGUAAUAAUAAUGAUGAUAAUUAUUAUUAUUAAUGCUUAAUAUCGAUCAGUUUGUAAGCAAUUUGCAGGUGGAAAAAUAAUGUAUAAUUACUUGUAUUUUAAAUCUCAAUAAAAUUUGUUGUUGGUGUUUGUUUGCCUUGCUUGUCAACUACAGAUCUGGUGCAUUAAUACAUGAUGACCAUGCCCCUUAAAAACCUAAAAAUAUUUUGUGAGAGCACAGCAAAACUAAAAUCUGACAUGUAACUAUUGUGCACUUCUGUGCUGUUUAAAAGUAUUAAUAAUGAUAUUAAUUUGCUUCCACAAAUUUCACUUUCCAAACAUGUGUAAACAGUUGUUCAACAACGCAAUGACAACACUUAAUGUGAUGAAAUAUCCCUUACCUUUUCAGGUUUCUUUGUUUACAAAACAUCAUUACAGCCAAUGUUGUGUUUUUCAAGUACACAGCUCAGCAUCCAGACUUCUCUGGACUUGGACCUCCUUAUCAAAAACCUCUUCUUAAUUUUGUUUGGUUCCUGUUACUAGUCAUAGAGAGGUUUGUGCUUCUGUUAGUAGAGUCAUAGUUUUUAAUCCACAAGGUCAAAAGAUAGAUUCUUUUUUGUCCUUAUAAAAACUCAGCUUCUGUAAGAAUGUCAUUGAUUCAUGUGACUUUUUCUUGUACAUAAGUUUCAUUUUCAUAAAAAAAAUUGAAUGAAAGCAAAACUUUGCUGCCUAAAAAUGAAUGUCUAUUUGUCUUUAUAACCCAUGCUGCCUACUAAAGUUGAUCAAAGUUAGAAUUACAAAUGUGUUUUUUUUUACAGGAAAGGCAGUUUAAGUCAGUUCACAGUGUUGUGUGAAAAAUAUCAACCAUCCAUUGAAAGGGAUCCAGUAUAUAAAGAGGUAAGGAAGGUCUGCUUUUUCUCUCUUUCAAACAUUGAAUUGGCAUGUAAUGCUAUCAAGAUUUUUUGAAGUAGUAUGUAGGGAAGAGGGUACUCAUUAUAUAGCAUUUAGGGUGAAAAUGUUUACAUGCACCCCUCCCCUCUUGUCCCCUUCCCCACCCCACCGCUUAAAAUGUUAUGUCACCUGGUGGUUCUGAUGUAGUUUUUCCAUGGACUGUUAUUUUUAAUAGUCAAAACAAUCCUUAAUGUUUCAACAUGAAUCCCAGUCUGUAAAUAACCACCACCUUUUCAUGGUACUUUGUAUUGCAGUAUCUAGAUAAGAUUGGACAGCUGUUCUUUGGUGUUCCUCCAAAGCCAUCCAACAAAGGAAUGAUGGGGGGCAUUUUAGGUGAGCCUUUCAAGUAUUUAAAAGCAGAAUAACCCUACCAGCAUUGACAGCAAUAUCAAAAAUACUGGUACAACUGCAUUUUUGAGAAACAGCUUUAGUGUAAUUUGAAUUGGGACCAAAAGAAGACUAAAAAGGCUUUAGAUUGGUAUGUUUUGGCGGGUUAUUAUCAGGAGAGGAUCCAGGAUUUUCAUUUUUAUUUUCCCUAGCAAUUCCCCAAUGGCUAAAACCUUAUGCUAUGAACUUGUCAUUCUUCUUUUCUUGCAGGUGAUUUGAUGCAGACUUUGAUGGGCGGGGAUGAUGGCAAUAGUGCGUCAGCAUCACAGUCAACCGUUAUUGAAUCAGAAGAAGUGGACUAGUAAUAACACCUAUAACUAAAUUAUCUUUUACAAUGUAUGCUGUGGACAGUUGACAAAGGCCUGCCCUGCAGCUGUUGAACACACAAGAUACUAGCUUGUCAUUAAGAUUUUUAACUCAAGUUAUCUGGAGAACUGACGCAGUUAUUUGUCAACUCAGCUGUUGCCAUUUUAUGCAUCUCAGCUUGUUUAUCACAGAAGAGGCUCAUAAGAGGAGAUCCCUGUUAUAGCAUAGUUCCAUGACACUGGUAAAACACACAGCUACAGUGUAAUUGGGUCCCCAGUGGUAGCACCCAGGCUUUGAGUCAGGAAUCACAAAUGAGGUGCUUUUUAAUGCAUUCUCAGCCAGUAAUUGGCUGUCUUAUACAGUGAAGCCUGUACUUAGCCUGGAUAUGUAUGGGACCUUCCCUUGAUGUGGGCGUCUGCCUAAUACCAGUUGGAUUGACAGGAAAUGUGGAAAGAAAAUUUUAGACUUCUGAUGUUUGUGUCUCCUCAAGACAGGAAGUCUGCACAACAUAAGAUUCACAGUAUUGCCCUUGGUACCACUAAGUUCACUAGAGAGACAGUUGUCUCACAUCAUUAUCACCUCACUUUGCUUUUUAAAUCUCAUGUCAAGUUUGUUGUGAACAUUUAGACUUCAUGUAAAGUGCUGUUGUCUCUUUGUUUGCUCUUUAUGCUUUAGAUUUUGAAAGCUAUUGGUAGGAGGCCAGUGCAUCCUUCCACAGUAAUAUUUUAUAUCACAGACUUCUAGACUUCUCUCAUCCUUCUGCAUUUCUCUUUCCUUAAGUUGGCAUUUCCAUGGUCUGCCCUUGCAUAUUUUUCAAGCCCUUAUAUGAACAUUAGGGUGUACUUUAAGUCUAUCCUCAGCCUGCAGUGCAAAGAGAGGACUUAUUAUUUCUGGCAUCAUGUUCCUUUUGGAAGGUUGAGGAGAUUUGAAAAUCCAACCAAGAUGGCAGGCAUGAGGAUAUACAGCUGUUCUUUAACCUGUCGCCCUCAUCCUCCUCCUUCCCCUCCCUUUCUGCCCCCUUUGAGUCGUUCACCACAACCUGUGUGAAUUCUCAUGUCUCUUUUCACCCCCGAAAGCUCCUGACUGCUGCGUAAAAUUUUCAUGGUAUUCCUAAUCCUAGAAUAGCCUUGUAUCCCAUCCAGGGCACGUAAUAAUACUCCUACUUGCUUUGAAUAACUAUAGUUCUUCUUUCUUUGAUUACUUUGUACCCCCAUCCUUCCCACUCAUGCAAAGAUACUUGCAGUGAUAUGAUUCAACUAAUCUGUUAUUUUCAGAAUUUCUAAGGCUGUGAUGUAGCAAAAAUUAUGGGAAGUCCAAAGUUUUGAACCUAUGAAAUCUAGUUACCCCGUAGGAAGUCGCCCACAGGGGCCUUCAGGAACAGUUAGAGCACAGCCUUUACUUCUUCCAAAACUAAAAAAAGCUUUUGAGCAAGCCCUUGAUUUUGCUUUGUUCUUUAUUUCUGGAUCAAAACUGUUAUGUUUCUUUUAAUUUUUAACCUUAACCUUUUAAGUCCCAAUAUUGACAUGCAAAUUCUCCAGACUGAUCUCCAUAUAUUUCUUAUAAAAUUAGUGGAGAGAAUUUGUUAUAUGAUCAAGGUAUUUUCCCUUUAGUGAUCAUUUUGUUUAUUCUCAUAACCUUUUUUUUCUUUUGAGUAUCCAUUAAUGUUAGUAAGAGAAACUCUGGAUCAUUAUACGUUUUUGGGGAAACUGUCCACCUACCCCUCCCGGUCCCUAAGCCAGCAAUAACACUUACUUUUCACUUAGAGCAAAAUGUUGGUUCAGGGGAGGGGUAGGUGGGCAGUUUGAAACUCUUGGGACUUCAAGUGUUACAAAGGACAGUGCUGCCCCUCUCCCUGAACUGUUCUCCUUACACUUCCUGUCUUGGUAAGGAUAUUUAAUUAGAAAUUGAUUAAGACUGUUUGACUUGCUGAUCAUUUUCUUUGUUCUCUUUUCUCUUAUGUUGGAAAAAAAGCGGUUAUUUCUUAAUGAGAAAUCCGAUAUUUGCCACUGUUAGGGCUUUAAGGUUAAGCCCUGCAGCAUUCAUUACCUAUUAGUGGAAUUAAACUGGGUUUUUAAUAUUUCAAAAAGACUACGGAUAUUUUUCUCUCAAAACUGAUGUUUACUUGUCCCUCUCUAGUUAAUGAGUGGGUCGCGUGGUGUUGUGGGAAGGUAAUCUCAUACCCAUAUUUCCCUAGUGUCCGUCUGUUGGUUCCUGACCGUGGGAGAUCUGGAUACUAGAUUAGCCAAAAGUUUUUCUUCCCUAGCUACCGCCCCAUGUGGAAAAGAAAGAAUGUUCAGUAUACUAUUUGCCUAAAAGACUAGAUAGUCGCUUUUCAAUUUCCCUCAAAGUUACGGUGAAAGAAAAGCCAUUGCUGUAAUUUUAGCCUGUAAGCAGGCUCUCCAUUUGAGGGAGUCGCGAGAAGUCACGCGAGAGCAGCACGCAAAAAAAAGAUGCGAGUUCGUUUUCUCCCAGGUUGCUUCGCUCGCCAUAAAUGGAGAGCUUGCUCGCAGGCUACUGUAAUCUGUGCGGUAUCGCUUUUGGGGUGACAAGAGAAAAUACAGAGAUAAGUCAUAUUUUGAAAAGAAAAAUGUAAAUAAAUCAUUCUUUGAUAAUUUAAUUAAAAGGAG